GCUACCCAUUGAGUUCUGCAUGGUUCGAUUGAUCAGGUUAUAGUUAAUGUGUUUAAUUUUAGUUUAGUGUUUAUUUGUGGACGGCAGCAACUCAGAUUUUGUUUUGUUUUUUAAAUACCGCAACUGCUCUGUCGGGUGGGGCUAGAUCACUGACAUUCAUAGUGAAGUGUUAUAGUCCAAACACCUCAUCAUGAGUGAUCCAUCUGUCACAAAGAGCAAAGGCCUGAUCUUUGCUGAACAGCAGAUGCAGAGACAUGGCUGGAGUGAAGGAAAAGGUCUUGGGAAAAACGAAAAUGGGAUUUCACAAGCUAUAAAAGUAAAAGUGAAAUGUGACACUGCUGGGGUGGGACACAAUUCUGCAGAGCAGUUUACCUUUCACUGGUGGGAUCAUGUCUUUAAUAAAACUGCGUCUAGCAUCAGUAUUCAAGCAGAUAAGGAUGGUGUUCAAGUGAAGAAGUUGGCAGAGGAUGACUGCAUUGUGACCAAUAAGAAACCAAGGAAAGGACUUUAUAACCCUAACAUGUUAUACGGGCGCUUUAUUAAGUCUGCAACUCUCUUAUCCGGUGGCGAAAAGCCAGUGGAACAAUCCUCCUCUUCAGAAAGCAGUGACUCCAGUGAAGAUGAGGAUGAAAAGUUGGAUUUGUCUUCUGCCACUAAGCUUACAGAUGAUGAUCUGAUAAGGGUUUGUGGAGGCCGAACUGCACAUAAAGGAGCUCGCCAUGGACUGACAAUGAGCGCAAAGCUCUCUCGACUUCAAGAACAGGAAAGAGAGUUCAUGGAGAAGUAUGGAAAGAAGGAACAAAAGAGCAAAAGUUUAGAAUCAAAUGAUGAACAAUCAGCUGUAGCAGAAGACUGUGAUACUGGGAAAAAGCAUAAAAAGAAGAAAAAACAAAAACAUGACUUGGAUACUGAAGAAACACUUUUCCAGGAGCCUCCGAUAUCUAAGAAGAAGAAAAAGAGCAAAAAAGAGAAAGUUGUGGAAGAAGGGGAAGGAAUUGUAGUGACUGAAUGUGAUGAGCAGAUGCCAGAUCAGGAAGAUAUGAAAAGCUCAAAGAAGAAAAAGAAAAGAAAGCAAAGGGCACCUUCCCCAUCUCCAGAAGAGCAGGUGGAUCAUUCUGUAGAUAGUGCGGAAAACUGUGUAAAGGCUAAGAAGAAGAAACAUUGCAAAGCAGAAUAACUUAUUUCCAAGAAGUUGUGGGAACUUGUGUUUUUUCUAUUUAUAUCUAGUGUAGCAAUAACAUAGACUCUUAAAGGGAAAAUACAGCCAACAUUGGAAUCCACAUGGCUUUAUUUUAGUUUUGAAUAGAAGCAUUUUUGUAAUAUACAUGUAAUAGCAAAAAUGCUUCUAAUAAAAGCUGUAGCUGUAUUAAAGCCGUAUUUAAGUAUAAACUGUGCACCAGCAUUUUAAACACAGUACUUGCUCAUAGAGCCUAAGGUGCUUGUACCAUCUGGUAAUGACUCAAUUUGUUAAUUGCUGACAUGAUACAAGCCCCACUGGUGCUCUGAGCAGCUGCAGUAUUUAAAAUGCUGGUGCGCUGAGAAUAUCUAGCCUCACAUGCACGUACAAUGAAAAAUGUUAGCACUAAAACAGUGAUAAGUUUUAAUAGAAGCAUUUUUGCCAAUACAUGAAUCAUGCAAAUGUAUUUUCUAUUCAAAUAUGUAAUCUAUGUGCAUUUAAAUUUUUACCGGAAUCUCCCUUUAAAUAAAUACCAUAUUAAGGUCCUCAGAUUAUUAUUCAGUGAUACUCUGAAAAACUUUUGAUGAUGUUAAUAUAAUAAAUAUAUAUAUAUAUAUAUAUAUAGCCUUGUCCUUUACAAUUAUCAUAAAUUGUUUUAGUUCUUGCUCUUUUUUAUGUGCAACAUCCACCUGAGUAAGAUAAAGUCAGACAAGUAUUAUUAUACUUUAUUAUGUGCCAACAUGUUCCGCAGCACUGUCCAUGGGUACAAUUAAAGGGACAGUACACUGUAAAAUUAUUUUUUCCUUAAUGUAUUUUCACUGACUUGUUAUACUAGCUGCAUAAGAGACAAGACAACAUUUGACAAAUAAGUAAAGGAGACAUAUUGGGCCCUAUUCCUGUGCGAGCUUACAAUCUGGGAGGGUGAAAAAUAGGAGAUGAGGACGGCAAGGGUGAGAAUGAUGUUUAAAAAAAAAAAAAAAAAGGGCUGAUUAGAUGGGUGCAAUUCAUUUGCUACUGAGUUGGGUGGUAGGCUUACCUGAAAGACAUUUUUGUCUUUAGGAAGCAUUUAAUAGAAGGCAGAUUAGGUGAUAGACUGACAGCAAGAGGAAGUGGGUUGGUGCCACAUAGAGUCUUACAAUCUAGUAUGGGAAGAGUUGAUAGAAGAUGCAAGGAGCGGGUCAUUGUUGGAUCUUAUGGGGCAGGCUGGAGUAUAUUUGUUGAUAAGUGAGGACAGGUAGUGGGAGCGACAAGUUUUUCAAAAUACAAAAAAAAAUACAUAAAGAUAUUUUUAUACAAAUUUACAAUUUUAUAUAUGUGUGAUUGACUGGAAAACGUACCUCUGUCUUCUUUUUUUGAGCAUUAUUUUUGCCUACACUUUAGCCAUUAUCACUGUUUAUGCAAAUGAAGUAAGUGUGAUAGAACAGACAUGCUCAUUGUCAACACCACCAACUUGCUUAGUUUUUAAUCUUUGUUGCAAGCUUUUACAUGAAACCCAAAUUUAUUUAUUUUUCAUGAGUCAGGACAGGAUUUAACGCUGUAUUAAGAGUGAAUAUUGGGGGAAAGGAUAUUAAGUUGAAACAUUUGAGCCAUUAAUAUUACUUCCAUAUUUACUUAUGCCGGAUGGCUAGCACGAUAUUGGCUAAGAGGGGAAAACUAACCUCAUUGAGAUAAUAUUGUUUUGCUGUGGGUGACCGGAGGUGCUCAGUUCGGCAUAAACGUGCUGCAAAUAAAGGAACUUUAAGCAUGAAGUUUUUAUACUUUAUGACAAAGUCCCCUUUAUUAGUAGCAUUAGUAAAUCAUAGUGUUUUAAAAACGCUAGGAUUUACCAUCACUUUAAGAAUGUGCCUAAAGAAUGUAUCCAUUUUAUAUUCAGUUCAUGUCAAUAUGUAAAAAAAAAAUCUGCUCACAGUAAAUUAGAACAUUUUUAAUAAAAAUACAUUGAAAAUUAAUAAUGUUGCAGGCAUCCAUAGCAAAAAUUGAUUUAUACUACCUAAAGAAUAAAGCAACCCCAGAUGAUGCUGCUGGUGAAAA